CAACAUUUUCUUCGACAUAAAAAUAUUAUCUUGGAAUUCAUAAGAUAAUACAAUCUAAUUAUGUGUAUUGAGAGUGUUACAAAUUCUAUUAAGUAAUAAUGUCUUCAGGAACGUCUAAGUUUGUUUUACUGCUGUCAUGUUCAGUCACUUUGGGUAUUGUAUCAUAUGUGCACAUAAAACAACAAACAGACAGGGAAAGAAUGCAUGAAGGAGUAAUAAAGGAUGUGGAGAGACAGCAAAGACGAAAAAUAGAAAACCUUUACAUAUUAGAGAAGCAAAAUGAAUUAACAAAAAAACUAAAGAAAGAAUUAGGGAGCUAAUCAAUGAAAAGCAUUUGUGUUAAGUAAUAUUUAUUAUUUACAGAACUAAUGUGGAACUAAAAUUACUAGAUAAUAGGUAAUAAAAUGUUGAAUUAAAUUAUUGUUUCUUUUCCUUCAGCCAAGCCUCAAGCAUAACAUCUUUUAGUUUAAGAUUCACACCUGUAGGGUAUUUUUUAUCAGUAUAGUCAAUAACUCCAUCGUACUCUAGCUUCUGCUUAGCUACGGCAGCUAAACAUUCAAAUGUCCGUGGUUCCCAACAAGCAAGAUCAGAUAAUGAUUUACGGUCUAACAUGAUGUUAGCACGAUCCAAGCCUUGCUUUAAUGUGCAAGGUGUAAUGUUAUGUUGUUCACAAGCCGCUGUAAUUCUAGUGCUCCAUAGAUCAAUCAUGUCCUGCUUCUUCAACUUCCUAGCUUUGGUUGCAUAAACUAAUGCUCUGUGAACAUUGCGUACAGUGACAGAAUAACAGUUUCUUCUACGUCCUAUGUAAUGUGCAGCGAGCCUGAACAUUCUUCUUUUUCUCCAAAACUCGUCAGGCCCUCGGGAACGUACCCAGUUAGCUAUUGUUAGGAACACCAUGGUUUUCCAAUAAGUAAUAUAGAAAAUUAUUUAUUUAUAAAGAUCAAUACAGACAAGAGAACACCUUAUUUAAAAGCUUUCUGUCACAGUGACAGUGACAUUGUAAUUUGUAAGUAUU